AUGACCAAGGACGAGGAGCGCGCGGUCAAGGACGAGCUGCUGGGCGAGAAGGCCGAGGUCAAGCAGAAGUGGGCGUCCCGGCUGCUGGCCAAAUUGCGCAAGGACAUUCGGCCCGAGUGCCGCGAGGACUUUGUGCUGACCAUCACGGGCAAGAAGCCGGCCUCCUGCGUGCUCUCCAACCCCGACCAGAAGGGCAAGAUGCGGCGGAUCGACUGCCUGCGGCAGGCCGACAAGGUGUGGCGGCUGGACCUGGUGAUGGUGAUCCUCUUCAAGGGCAUCCCUCUGGAGAGCACGGACGGCGAGCGGCUGGUGAAAGCCGGCCAGUGCACCAACCCCGUGCUCUGCGUCCAGCCUCACCACAUCAGCGUCUCCGUCAAGGAGCUCGACCUCUACUUGGCCUACUUCGUCCAGGAGAGAGAGUCCGAGCAGAGCAGUAGUCCUCGCACAGCUAUCGGCUCCGACCAAGAGGACAGCAGAGCAGCAACUAUGGCUCCUGUGGUCACAAGCGCUGGCCCCAACUUCUCCCUCGGGGAGCUGCAGGGACACCUGGCCUAUGACCUCAACCCCACGGGUAUAGGUAUGAGGAGGACCCUCCCCAGCACCUCUUCCAGCGGGAGCAAGAGGCACAAGUCAGGGUCCAUGGAUGACGACAUAGACACCAGCCCCGGGGGGGAGUACUAUGCCUCGCCCAGCUCCCCCACCAGCAGCUCCCGAAACUGGCAGGAGGAGAUGGAAGGAGGGAUGUCUCCCACAGUAAAGAAAACAGAGAUGGACAGCCCCUCCCCCCAGGACAGCUCCCCGCGGCUCAGCUUCACGCAACACCAUCGGCCGGUCAUCGCGGUCCACAGUGGCAUCUCCAGGAGUCCUCAUCCCUCCUCGUCUUUGCACUUCCCUACGAACCCCAUCCUCCCCCAGGCCGCCUCCACUUACUUCCCACACACGGCCAUCCGCUACCCGCCGCACCUCAGCUCACAGGACCCGCUCAAGGACCUGGUGUCCCUGGCCUGCGACCCCUCCAGCCAGCAGCCCGGCCCGUUGAACGGUAGCGGCCAGGUGAAGGUGCCCAGCCACUACAUCUCUUCGCAGAUGCUGGCCCCCCCGCCGCACCCCGCCAUGCCCCGCCUGACGCUGCCACCCGACUCCAAACCCGCAUCCACCACCUCGGAGGGAGGGGCCACUUCUCCCACGUCACCCACCUACUCAGCCCCCGGGACGCCCCCUUCCAACCGUUCCUUUGUAGGUAUCGGAGCUCGGGACUCUGGUGGACUCUAUCAGGCACAAGUAAGAAAUGUCUGGAUUGGUGUGUGUGUGUGUGUGGAUUAGGUUUAUAUUACUUUGUGGGGACCAGUUU